GAAAUGUCAACCAGGUUCCGGUCUCUUCCAAUGUCCUUACCGUUCCCUUCAUAUAUAUAAAUAGCCCCUCACGCUUCUCAUAAUUCAUUCUCACACACAAUUGAGAAAGAGAGAUAGAGAGAGAGAUACAAAAGGACUAACAGUAUAGAUAGUCGCAAGGGUUAGUCGAUAUUAAAUCCUAUAUUCAUCGAGUCAUUCCGGCGAUGGCGGAGAAUUUCCAGGCCGGGAUAUGCGGCGAGAGCUGGUGGAGCUCGCUCAGGGGCGUGCCUUUUGUGGGCGGUGCGUCGCCGUGCUCGGCGGUAGCCAACGACGGGGGAGGGUUUGGUUGGGCGGCAGCGGCGGCCGACAUGGCAAUGAGCAACGUCAGAGCGAGAUCUUUUGAGCACAAUGAUUCCUCGCUCUCCUCCGGUGGCUCCAUGGUCUUCGAGUUCAACCACUACAAGGCUCAGCCGCUGAGCGCCGUGCGUGGCUGCAGCAGAAGCGAGCUGGUUGUCCCCGACGUGCAGCUCACGGGAUUCGGGAUCUCAUCGCCGCUGACCCCGGAUUGGAACCAAGCCUUACUUGGUGGCGGCGGAAAAUUUGCUCAGAGCAAUUAUUGUUCGAUAUUGAACGAAGACAUGGGUUCAAGAAUCCAGAAGGAAUGGAGCCCCAGAAGAUAUUCAAGUUGUGUGGUUGAAGAUUCCUCCAUCAAUGGGUUCAAGCAAAUAAGUCAAGAAUUCUCUUCGGACCAAUCUGAACUGACUUCCAUCACAACCAGCGCGACCACCGUGGCCACCUGCGAGGGUUUCUCAGCUGGGUUUCCGAUGGGAUCGGGACUGUCCGGUGGAGGGUUGUAUGGAUUCCCUUUGAUACAAAGCUUACUUGACGAGCCCACAGGUUUUCAGCCCCAACAUCAAUCCCUCCUGAACAGCCCAGCGCGGUCGGUGAACAACUUCUCUCAGACCAAUAGCUCCGAUGAUCAAUCGCCCCCUUCUUUCGCCAAACUGUCGCCCCUCUUGAAAUCCUCGUCUGCGAAUCGCCAACCUAAUAGGUUGCCGUUGUCUAACAUCGCCAUGGCUUCGACGCCAAUGAAUAACUUGGAUUGGACCGCUACAUCACCUCCUACGAUAUAUGAUCAAAAACCAAGUUGUGCUCAGCUAAACACCAAGAGAAAUUGCGAUGACACACGGGAAGUGGAUUCCGCUGGAAAGAAAAGCAGCUCUACCGAACCCGGGUUCAAAAGGCCUAGAAUCGAAACCCCGUCGCCGUUGCCGACUUUUAAGGUUCGGAAAGAGAAGCUAGGGGACCGAAUCACUGCGUUGCAGCAGUUGGUUUCACCUUUUGGAAAGACUGAUACAGCAUCUGUUCUUCAUGAAGCCAUCGAGUACAUCAAGUUCUUACAUGAUCAAGUCCAUGUUUUGAGUACUCCAUACAUGAGAAAUGGAGCUCCCAUUCAGCAUCAACAGGGUCUUGAUAAACUGAAAGAUUAUACAUCAGAAGGGCCAAAGCAAGACUUAAGGAGCCGAGGGCUAUGCUUGGUGCCAAUCUCAAGCACAUUCCCAGUGGCUCAUGAGACCCCGGUUGAUUUUUGGACUCCAACAUUCGGAGGAAGUUUCAGAUAGAGACGGAAAGAGAGAAGAUAGAAGGCAAGCAACGAGUUGACUCGUUACACGGGUAGCUGACUCAACAGACCAACAAGGAAGAAUCUGACUCCAACCCCAACAAGAAAAAGAAGGGUUCAGAAAAGAUGUGUAUAACAUAAACUUCAGUUUUUAGUAAAGACAGAGAAGCUGCAUUGCUUUUGUUU